UGAUUCAUCUGCUUCACAUUAUCAGUUCAGUGUGCCAAAUAGUUCCAGCUCGCUAACAAUUAACUUCAAUCUACUGCUACAUCACCAGUUUCUGGUAUGAAGAUGAGGAAUCUUCUUGUGGGGAUUAUUCUCGGACUUCUUGCUGUUGUCCACACAACACCUAUUGGCACUGUGACCCAGAUCCCCACCAAAGGUGAGGAGGAUUUUCUCGAAGAGGCGGGAAGAGAAGGGUUCCUCGUCCUCACAACUGAAUCACCCACAAGAAAAACAACCAUUCACGUGUCUCAGCAGAUGUCAUUUGAUGCUGAAGGCAGCGAAGACCACUUUGCAACCACAACUCAGACUGUUUCACAUGCUCAGAGCUCUUCCCCCACAGUGUUGUCAAGGGACACAGAUGACUUCAGUUCAGACUCAUCUACUAGCCAAAAUGCUCAGGCUGGCUUUACCUCUUCAUCAGUGCCAGACGAAGCCCAGUCAAGCAUCACCUCAGACUAUAUCUUGGUUUCUCCAACUACAGACCCAGAGUCUGGAAAUAGAGAAAAUGAAGAAUCAGGAGAAGUAACUACCACCAUGGCUGAUCUUACUAGUCAGAAUACUCUACAAAUGUCUACAGAGCCUGAAGAAUCAGGAUCAGGGUUAACAGUAACCACCACCAUGGCUGAUCUUACUAGUCACAAUACUCUACAAAUGUCUACAGAACCUGAAGGAUCAGGAUCAGGGUUACCAGAAGUAACUACCACCAUGGCUGAUCUUACUAGUCAGAAUACUCUACAAAUGUCUAUAGAACCUGAAGGAUCAGGAUCAGGGUUACCAGAAGAAACCAUUGUAUCAUCAACCAUUGAUCUUAUUAGACAAAAUACCCACCAAAUGUUGGCAAAAGCCAUAGGAUCAGGAACAGAAUCGAGCAUUGAAUCAUUAGCCUCCACAGCUUCUCCAAGCGAGGAGGAGAAUCCAGAUAAAAUAGCAGCUAAUCAACGUGUCCAACUGAAUGAAUUAGCACCAAUGCAGAACAGUGCACACAGUACUCCAGGUUGGAUCAUCAUUGUUGGCUUUAUUGUUGGUGUUGCAGCACUGGUAAUGGUCUGCGUUGCCAUCGCUACCAGAGACAAGUGGAAUGGACCAAACCAGGUGUCCCAGUCAGAGACCAAAACUGACUCCUCUAACCAGCAGAGGGAGCUAGAGAUGGAGACAUUCCUGCAGAAAGACAAGCCCAGGGAGAAUGGAAAGGCAGCAGAGUACACAGUCAUCCCUCUGGACGAGCUUCCAGAGGAUUAUUCAACACACUGAGGUUUGGAGAGAGACCCUCUGGAGGCUUGAGUCUCACCACAGAACCAUGAGACUGUGUUUGGAGCACAUGGAUUUGAUCAGAGGAACAUAACUGUCUGGGCUGUUGAGCUAUAUUUUUUGUGGAUUUUCACAGCUCUAAGCCCAUUCUGAACAAGACUUAUGGUCUGGUUUUUCCUGCUGACUUUGAAAAACUUGUUCCACACCUUCACUUUGAGGCUAUGGCACUACUUUGGUAGAUAAAUUUCGAUAAAUUAAAACUCGAUCAUUAACUGUAAAAUACAAAACUGGUCGGGUAAGAUGCAUGAACAUUUAUUUCACAUACAAGUAAAAAGUAUUUUUUGUCUUUUAUUUCCAGGUUUUUCAUUGUAAAUAAUUAAUGAUUUUGUUAUUGUUUUUUUUUAACUGGGAAGAGAAAAUAAUUCUGUUGAGUCAUUCUGUGUAUUUGUUAUUUGUAAUAUAAUUUAAAUCUCUUUGUAAUGAUAUUGUUGAAGACUCUGUUGUGGACUGUAACUUAUAUUAAGCCUCUCUUUUCCCCACAUUCAUUAUGGACGUUCUGAGUAUUUAACAGUGCUCAGCCCACUAACUCAUUAGCUUCUCUUGACAACCUACACAGCAUUUCAGCUGUUGUAACAUGCAUUCACUGGAUGUUCAUAUGCUGCAUCACAACCGCCUUUAUCUGAGAAAUAAACACAACGGCAGCUCAUCAAUAAACAUUUAUUUGUUUCUGUUAAAUAUUUACUCACAAGUAUUAAAACAUUUAUACAUUUUCAGUC